GCCAGUAAUCGGCAUCCCUCAGAGGGGACAUGUACACAGACCAUCAGAGCACUGGUGAUCAGUCCCCAGCAGUGCCACCUGUCAGUGUCCAUCAGUGCCAGCUGUCAGUGCUCAUCCAUGCCACCUGCCAGUGCACAUCAAUGCCACAUAUCAGUGCCCAUCUGAGCUGCCUUUCAGUGUCACCCACCAGUGCCAGUCAGUGCGACCUAUCAAUGCCAGUCAGUGCCACCUAUCAGUGCUGCCAAUCAGCGCCACCUAUCAGUGCCAGUCAGUGCUGCCUAUCAGUGCCAGUCAGUUCCGCCUAUCAGUGUGCAUCAGUGCUGCCUAUCAGUGCCCGUCAGAGCUGCCUAUCAGUGCCACCUAACAGU